AUGGCGGAAGCUCCGGCACACGACUACCCCACCAUCGAGCCCACCUCCUUCGACGUGGUCAUCUGCGGCACGGGCCUCCCGGAAUCCGUGCUCGCCGCUGCCUGCGCCGCCGCCGGGAAGACCGUCCUCCACGUCGACCCCAACCCAUUCUACGGCUCCCUCUACUCCUCCGUCCCGCUGCCCUCCUUCCUCUCCCCUGACCCCUCCUCCGUUCCCCUUUCCCCCUCCGGCGACGAUUCGCAUACCGUUGUCGAUCUCCACCGCCGCAACAUCUACUCGGAGGCCGUGGACCUUCUCCUGAGGUCGGGGGGAAGCCACCAUGUGGAGUUCAAGAGCGUGGAGGGGCGCAGUCUCCUCUACUGGGAGGGCCAGCUCUACCCGGUGCCGGACUCGCGGCAGGCCAUCUUCCUUGACGCCGCCACCCUCAAGCUUACAGAGAAGACCGUCCUGUUUAGGUUCUUCGAGCUUGUGCGGGCACACAUUGCUGCUGCCGAUGAGGACGUUGAGGGUGAAGAAGCUUCUGAUAAGAUAUCCGAGGAAGAUCUGGACCUCCCCUUCGUUGAGUAUCUCAAGAAACAGCAGCUUCCACCCAAGAUGAGAGCGGUUGUGCUCUAUGCAAUUGCAAUGGCAGAUUAUGAUCAAGACACUGACUGUUGCGAGAAAUUGCUGACUACGAGAGAGGGAAUCCAGACCAUUGCUCUAUACUCCUCGUCCAUUGGGAGGUUUGCUAAUGCACAACGUGCUUUCAUUUAUCCGAUGUAUGGGCAUGGUGAACUGACUCAAGCUUUCUGUCGUUGCGCUGCUGUUAAGGGUGCACUAUAUGUGUUGCGGAUGCCAAUAUCUGCACUUCUUAUGGAUGAGGAAAGGAAGAAUUGUUUAGGUGCCAGAUUAACAUCCGGUCAGGAUAUUUUGUGCCAGCAGUUGAUACUUGACCCGUCAUACAAAGUCCCUAUUCUGGAUGCCCCAUCUGAUGGUUCAGACUCAAACUUGCUGAGAAAAGUUGCGAGGGGUAUAUGCAUAAUUAGCAAAUCUGUGAAACAGGAUUCAUCAAAUCUUCUAAUUGUUUUCCCACCGAAAUCAUUAGAAGAGCAGCAGAUUGCAGCUAUACGGGGUCUUCAGUUGAGCAGCAAUCUAGCAGUAUGCCCUCCUGGGAUGUUUAUGGUGUAUCUGUCUACCCCGUGUGCUGAUACCUCUACUGGAAAACAAUGCAUAAAAAAGGCAAUAGAUGCUCUAUUCGCUCCACAGGCUUCAGAUUCUUUGGAAGGCCACUUGAAGGAAACUAGUGAAAAUAAUGAGGACUUGAAGCCGACAGUAAUUUGGAGCUGUGUGUAUGUUCAAGAGAUCACGGAGGGAACAUCUAGUUCUUUAUUGUCGUGCCCUACACCUGAUGAACAUCUGGACUACCGGAGUAUACUGGAUUCAUCAAAAAAGUUAUUCACAGAUAUUUGUCCUAAUGAAGAAUUCUUGCCUAAAAAGUCAGCUGCUGUAUAUGCUGAUGAUGACUCUGAUUCUGCUGAGUAA